AUAUUAAUAACUAAACAGUUUACAGGUGGUACGUUGCCAGCAGUUUUGACGGGAAGGAACAACCAGUGGUAAUGAUAGGCAAUUUGGUAACUGUUCUUUAAAUGCUUUUGUGCAACAUAAGACGAGGAUUUCAUAACAUUUUUUUUAAAUUGUGAAAUAAUUUUUUCUUUAACUUGAAUGAAACUGGAUUGUUUCUAACAAUUUGCAAUAACACGACGGACCAUAACCUGGCGUUUUUCUUGGUCAACGAAUGGUAUCCCUGAAAGUGAGAGUUUAAUGUAUAUCGUCUCUGUGGUAGCGUCGGGAUCAAAUUAUCCAGUUUUCAGGAGCAUCAUGGCAAGCCGUUCACUACUACCUAAUGAAGAUGACUGGGACCCUAUGAGUGCAGAUUACCAUAAUCCCAGUUUUAAUAACUAUACUGAAGGUCCAGGUUCAAGACUGGAUCGCCAGUUGCAACCUUUCAACCCCAGGCUGGAAAGGGAAAAUACUGUCUUCAAACUGUACAUAAAGAAUGUUCCUCCAAAACUGACAGAGGAUGGUAUUAGAAACAUAUUCCUGAAUUUUGGAACUCCAUUGGCUGUAUACAGGCAUCCUCCAGGAUGUGGUCUUGGUUGGGCAUUUGUUUCAUAUGCAUCUCACAGGGAGGCAGAACUUGCUAUCCGAGAAUUGAACAGUGCACCACCAUUUUACUUCAAAGUACAGUUUGCCUAUAGCAUAAAUGACAAAGAACGCAUUCGUAGAGAAAGAGAAGAUGAGGAGAUGCUGAGAAGAGUUUUGGAUUCAGAACCAUAUCCAGUCUAUUCUGAAAGAUCAUUUGUUCCCUUCAACAGGGGUGUUGGACGAGGUCGUGGAAUUCCAUUGCCACGACAGAUGAUAGCUGGAUGCCGCCCAGGAUUUGAUCAACUAAUUUUCUCUAAUAAUGACUUUGCAAAUGGAGAGAACGCUGAAGAAGAUAUGGGUUACUUCUCACCCUAUGUGCCUGGAACGUUUGAUGAAACAAACAGGAUGGUUAUGCAACAAGGAGUAAAUCUCACUUUUAGUUCUUCAACUGGCAGACGUUCAGUUUCCAUGGGCCGUGGAUAUUUUCCAGCUAGUGAAAGGCCUUCAGUUGGUAGUGAUUAUGAUAUUGAGAUUAAUAGAUCUGUGAAAGAAGAGAAACGUAUACUGGCAAAUUCAAUGGAUCGGAUGUAUGACCAAGAGUGCAAUGGCUGGUAUGAAUAUGGACAGAAGGUGGACAUGACAGGCCUACAGGGAAAUUGUGUAUACUGUGAAAGGACAACCACCUUGUACUGCCAGCGGUGUAAGUCUUGGUAUUGCACACGGGAAUGUCAAAUGAAGGACUGGCCUCACCACAAGACACAUUGUUUUCAAAUACUACCUCGGGGUGGUCCUUCAAAAUCACCUGUCUCACAGCAAAGUUGUGUUUCUGCACAAUUCUCUGAUAAGAAACAGAGACAGGAACAAAGGCUAAAGAGGAAUAGCAUGAGCCAGGACAUUAUACAGAAUAGACAUGACUCUUCUGAUGGUGUUGGACAAGGUGACAGUAGGAUUAAGUCACAUUUUGGCAGAGAAGAAAAGAACAAUGCAGAUUCCAAGGCGAAUCAAUCUAAACAAACUAUUCGUGAUUGUCAGGAUAGAAAUGGCCAUAUGAACACUCGGUUCUCUGGUAGUAAGAAAGAUGGGUUCAUAUCAAGUAACAGUUUUAAUAAAGAUCUACCUGGAAGUCCAGAAGCAAAGAGGGGCAGUGUGAAUAAAAGACUUCAUGUUGGAAGACAUGUGGAAAGAAAUGGACAUACUUCAUUGGGCAGUAAUGAUACCACCUUUCCCAAGAUACAGCAAGAAUCUGUACUUGUCAACUCUUCUGUGAACACUGGACCAAUACAGGAAACAGUCAACUCACUGUCAGAAAGAAUGCAAAACAAAGCUGUAGUGAGUAAAGUCAAUCUCCCUGCUGUAGCAGCUGAUGCUGUUAAGAAGGUGAAGACUCCAGAUACUGAAGUAUCCAGUGUGGUUAACAAGAUGGAGACUCUAAAUCUGAGAGAUUCUACCACUGUUGGCAGUAGGAAAUAUGAGGAAUUGCCAGCGGACAGGUUUACAAAGGUGAAGGUAACAGUCACUGUAGGACCUGUGGAAUAUUGGGUGCAGUCUGUGGAGUCAGAGUCAAAUUUGUUGCAUGUGAUGGGUGUUCUGUUUACUGAACCAGAAUUGGCUCCAUGCGAAUUUCAAGUCGGUGCCAUGUGUGCAGCACUGUAUGAAGGUCACUGGUACAGAGGUAAAGUGACGAGUGUGACACCUGAAUUGAAGGUGUUUUAUGUUGAUUUUGGUAAUGAAGAAGUGUGUACUCCUGAUCAGCUGAAGGCCAUGCCUUUGCGCUGA